AUGAUAUCUGUGCACCGAAUAUCAAUAUUUUCACUGACAGCUGUUUGCAUAUCAGUUGUUGUUUCAUUGUAUGCCGAUUCACUAUUUGUGAAUCCAUGCAAUGAUGCUAAGUCACUGCUUCUUGGAAAUUUGACUGAAAAGGAUUCAAACCCUUCCUAUGUUGCGGUGAUAGAUGCUGGCUCAACAGGAACUCGUUUACACUUAUUUGAAUUUCAACAAACGGAUUCUUUGCAAUUUGAUGUUAAAAAAGAAAAUUUCAAGGAGGUGAAACCUGGUCUUUCGAGCUUUGUGGCGGAUCCAGACGGUGCAGGUGAUAGUGUUCAAGAGUUGUUGGAUACAGCUCAUAAAAUAGUGCCAGAAUCAUGUCUGCGCCAAACUCCAAUGAUUCUUCGGGCCACUGCCGGUUUAAGAUUGCUGAAAAGCAGUGAAUCUGAAGCAAUUCUGAAGAAGGUAACAGCUUCAAAAACAGUUUCUGGAAGCAAUAAGAAUUUUAAGGUGAAAGAAAGAGUAAAUGCAAGCGGAUUUUUGGUUAGCGAGGAUUCAGUUGCAGUAUUGAGUGGAACCGAAGAAGGUGUAUUUUCGUGGUUUACGCUUAAUGUUCUACUAGACCGUAUGAAGCACAUCGAUGAAGCAAAAAAAGAAUGCUUUUUAACUCAAGAAUCAGUGAAGCCAACGAAGUCAUUAAGAAAACUGGCAGCUGCUUUGGAUUUAGGUGGUGGUUCAACGCAAGUGACUUUCCUGCCAUACGACCAUGAAACAGUGGCCUUAGGAAUAGACAGACAGGAGUUUUCGCAUAAAAUCAAAGUUUUUGGGAAAAUGGCUCAAUUAUACACUCAUAGUUAUCUGAGUAACGGUUUGAUUGCGGCUCGUCAUGGCAUAACAAAAGAGCUUCAAAGCUUGGAAAGUGGGCAUUAUCUUUCGUCUUGUUUCCCAACUGGUUAUAUGGUCGAAUCUCUAGACUAUUCCGGGAGAAAAUGGAGUGUUCAAGGUUAUGCAUCAUCGUUUGAAGGCUGCCUAAAUUCCACUAAACUUUACGUAGAAAAAACUGGCAUAAGAGUAGUACCUGAGCUAACUCAUCACGACAUUUAUGCAUUUUCGUACUUUUACGAUCGAGGCUUACAAGCUCAGCUUGUUCCACGGGCAACAGAUAGCCGUGGUGGUUCCAUAACUGUUGGAGACUAUAUGAGGGCUGCAAAACGUGCUUGUUCAAGAAAAGGUAGCGAUAUAGGUGUGAAGUACUCGGAAGCGUGGAAAUGCUUAGACCUGUCCUAUAUUUAUUCACUACUUCACUAUGGCUAUGGUUUGAAGAAUGAAAAAGAGAUUUAUGUAAGGUUGGCCAAACGACUUCGUGAUAUGGAGGUUUCUUGGGCGUUGGGUGCAAGUUAUGACCUGAUAAAUACGUUGUAUCAGACAGAGUCAAAGCCCUUAAUUGACGAUUUGAAGAACGAUACUGAUGAACUUCGGACCUGUGUCUAUUUAAACGUCUGA